AUGGCUAGAUUAGAUGAGAAAAUUCAAGAGAAACCACUUCCCGGAGAAGCUCCUGCGGAAAUACCAGUGGAAACGGAUGAUAAAGCCAAGGAAAUGCCUCCAAAGCCUACGACUGCACCUGACAAGACGACAGCCACAGUAACAUUACCAGUGGCCUCUCCCACACCAGUUUUGCCAAGAAUCUCAGUACCCAUGUUCACAAAGACGUCUCCAAAUGACCUGUAUAGGAGAUUGUUGCCAGCGAUGUUGUUUGUGUUGACGUUUGUUACGGUUAUGACAAUGCUGCUCAUUUAUAUGGACACUGUUGCGCUGGGCGCACAGAAGUUCCGCGCGAACAUGUCCCGCGACUACGAGCUGGCCAGCAUCGCGCAGGGCUCGGCCGCGCUCGUGGCCUUCGUGCAGCAGCUGCACCUCGCGCCGCCGCUCGCCGCGCCCGCCGCGCUGCCGCCGCCGCAGCCCACGCCGCAGGUCGCGCUCUUCGACCAGCUCUACGGGGAGAUCUACAAUGGCACAUUUGUCGAGUUCCUGCCCCGCGGUCCUCGCGACCAAACCAGCAUGUACUUUGAACGCGCUCGGCAGUGGGACGGAGUGGUGGUCAGAGCUGCGGCCAGGGAUUAUCUAGCGUUGAAAGGAAACGCCAGGGCCCUGCACGCGUGCCUAAGUCCUACUGCUCAUCCUAGAGAGGUGACGUACCAGGAGACGGAGAGCGCGGAGUCGGUGUUCAGGUCGCGCGUGCUGUGCCUGCCGCUGCUCACGGUGCUGCUGGCGGCCGACGCGGCGCGCGCGCGCUACGUGCUGCUGGGGGGGGGCAACGCCCUGCCCGCGCUCACGCACCUGCCCUUCGACGACCCCAGGGUGCACCUACAGGUAAUCGAAGUGCAGUUCACAAACGCAAGCAUCCGGAACCAAACGAGCCAAUUCCUCCAGUCCAAGAACUACACCAUCGCGGCCACCUUCGACAACAGCGUUAUGUACGCACUCGCCAAGGGACUGUGA